CCCGUGAUAUCAUUUUAAAUUUCGAUUCGUAACCAAAUAUGCAGAAGGAAAAUCAUCCAGCCCCAUUCUGCAUAUUACUCUGUACUUCUAGGAUCGUCAUGUUUGCACCGGGAUGCGAAGGUGGGGGUUAGUACAAAUUUGACGGCACCAAAGGUACGAAGGACCGAUCGGAGCAAAACCAAACCUCUGCAUAUAGGUCGACUGGUUAUUUUGAUCCGAAGGUCGAAAGGGUAAAAUUUCACGAGUCGGAACCGAAAUCAACCGCUGGGAUUUCCUUGGAUCCAUCUUGUGGCGGAAACAGAGCCUUCUCUGAGCAGAAGGCAAUGGGGACCUUAAGCCACACGCUUCUUCACUCUCUCUACUCCCACAGCCAUUGUCCCCAGUCCCCUCUCGCGUUCUCGGAUUGUUCCUCGUGUUCUAGUCUCUUGCUCUCUUUCUCGACCCCUCCGCAGUCGCUCUUCAGGAAUCUGUCUUCUCCUUCCCCUGCUAUACCCACCCGAAUUCGCUGCACGAAUCUUCAAGAUCCACCCGAGCCAACCACUAUUAAAGGCAGUGGAUCCGAUGGCAAGAGUGAGGAGGAUGCCGGCACCUGGCCCAUCGUGUCGUCCUGCUUGGUCGGUCUGGUUACGGGGCUGGGGGUCGUGGUCUUCAACAAUGGGGUCCAUGAGCUGCGCGAUUUCUUCUGGGAUGGGAUACCCUCCAGGGGGGCCUCUUGGCUCAGGGAGGCCCCUAUUGAAGCUACGUGGAGUAGGGUCAUUUUGGUCCCUGCCUGCGGGGGUCUGAUCGUCGGGAUGUUGAAUCUCAUUCGGAGCUCCAUAGAUGGCGAUGGUGGCGGCAAGGAGAAUCGUGUUAAGGCUGUAUUGAGGCCCGUUCUGAAGGCGGUUGCUGCUUGUGUGACUCUUGGCACCGGGAAUUCUCUGGGGCCGGAAGGCCCCAGUGUUGAAAUUGGGGCUAGUGUUGCAAAGGGUGUUGGGAACCUGUUCAAUAAAAGCUCCCUGAGAAAGCCCUCCCUCGUGGCUGCAGGGUCUGCUGCUGGAAUCUCUUCGGGUUUUAACGCGGCUGUUGCUGGUUGUUUCUUCGCUGUUGAAUCUGUCCUAUGGCCAUCCCCACCAGAUUCAUCCUUGUCGCUGACAAAUACUACUUCAACAGUUAUUCUCAGUGCCGUCAUAGCUUCUAUAGUAUCAGAAGUCGGUCUCGGAUCUGAACCAGCUUUUAAGGUCCCGGUCUAUGAUUUCAGAUCUCCAGGAGAGCUCCCAUUGUAUCUUCUACUGGGUGUAAUAUGUGGACUGGUCUCACUGGCAUUAUCUCGAUGUACAUCCUACAUGCUGACCACCGUCGAUAGCAUCCAAGAAUCCACUAGGAUUCCUCGUGCUGCUUUUCCUGUGCUAGGAGGUUUGUCAGUUGGGCUUAUAGCCCUGGCCUAUCCCGAGAUCCUGUACUGGGGAUUUGAGAAUGUUGACAUUUUGCUUGAGUCCCGACCAUUCGUUAAAGGCCUCUCGGCUGAGCUGUUGGUCCAGCUUGUAGCCGUCAAAAUAGUUGCUACUUCUCUGUGCCGGGCUUCUGGGCUUGUCGGGGGCUACUAUGCUCCUUCCCUCUUUAUUGGAGCUGCCACCGGAACUGCUUAUGGGAAAUUGAUUAGCUAUGUGCUCACUCAGUCCAACCCGAUAAUUGACUUAUCCGUUCUGGAAGUGGCAUCCCCGCGAGCUUAUGGCCUGGUCGGAAUGGCUGCUACUCUUGCUGGGGUAUGUCAGGUACCUCUUACUGCAGUUCUAUUGCUCUUCGAGCUAACACAAGACUACAGGAUCGUCCUGCCACUGCUUGGAGCUGUUGGGUUGUCCUCGUGGAUCACUUCAGGACAGUCGAGGAGAAAAGACAUCGAGAAGACAAGAAAACAUGAUAACAAGGUUCCCACAAGUUCUAGAACUGGAGAAACACUGACUACUACUCAACAACCUCCAAGAGUUUCUUCUCCUACAAUGAGUGAACUACCUACUUCUUCUGAGCUUGAUGAAAGAAAUUCAGGUGUGAAUAACCUCUGCGAUAUUGAAAGCUCACUCUGUCUAGAAGAGUCUGGCCUUGAUGUGGUAGAGUUGGAGAGAAAGACUUCUGUUUCUCAGGCUAUGAGGACUAGAUACGUGACCAUUUCAAUGAACACUAAGCUUUCAGAAGCAGUGAACCUCAUGCUCGCAGAGAAGCAAUCCGGUGCAUUGAUUGUCGAUGCGGAUAAUAUUUUGAUUGGUUUACUAACACUUGGAGACAUCGAGGAGCUCAGCAGAUCUACCAAUCCCAGAAAGAGGGGACCAAAGGAACGGGUAGUGUCUGAACUAUGUUCUUCCGUUGGCGGCAAAUGCCGAGUCCCUUGGACUGCUGUACCCAGUAUGAGUCUUCGUGACGCUCGGGUAGCGAUGAACAGGCACGAAGUUAGUCAAGUUCCUGUUGUUUCAGAGUAUACUGACGGUCACAGAGGGCAGCCUGUCGGUAUCUUAGACACGGAGAGCAUCACUCUGACUUGCAGGUUCUGCUACCUCCAGCACCGUCUACGCAAUUACGUAUUACCUAUUUAUUCUAUUUGUCUCUUGGAUUAGCAGGUCUCCCUUUCAUAUCAUGACAUUUUCUUCUCUUUUGAGCGAAGAGCCUUGGCGACCCAAGAAUCCCUCAAGUGAGCAAAAGAUAGCGGCACCUGCCUAUAUCUCAUACUUCGGUGGCAAAUAAAAAUUCAGCUUUGUCGUGUGGUCCAAGCAGAGGUUGAGGGCAAAGGCUGCAGUCUUCACCAAUUGGCAGUAUUGAAACUCUGCUAUUCUCAGGUCCAGUCACUCUCAUCUUCGCACAACAGAGAGCUGAAAGUAUUCCCAGUUGGAAAAGAAACAGGGAGAGAGGGAGAGAAGCGGUUUUUUCUUGUUCAAGCUAUUGCCGCGAGCUUUCGUCAUGUACAGUCUAUUGAGAGAACGAAGCGGGCUCUUAUGAACAGAAUACCUUAGGGAGCAAGUUUUGUUGCUGAUCUCAUGUAAGCCCUGAAAAGAGUUAGGAAGUUGCCCAGACUAAUGCAGAGGGAUUGUCAAGUACCAGAGGUCGAUGAGUUGGUACAUGUAGCCGUGGAACACAGAAUUGUUGGAACCAGAAAGUUCAGUAGAAGGACACAGGUUGAGAGACUAACAGAACAAAACCUUAUUGUGACUUUUGAUUCAGUUUAAUUAACAUGACUCGUAUAGGUUUCUUAUUUCUAUUCAAGUUUUUCUUGUAUAUCCCCCGUCUUCCUUUCUGCAAAACAAGAAAGGGGGACACGUUCCAUGUACAUUGCAUUUGUGUUUGACAGAAGAAUGUGUUUUAUGCCA